CAUCAGUCAGACUUACAAUGCAUCUAUGCUUCUACUGUCUCAUCCUCCUAUUUGUACCAGGAGGAAACAGCCUGGGGUUCAACAGCUACCUGAAACACAUGUCCAGCAAGCCUCAGGAUCAUGUCAACAGAACUAAGGCAGUGGGUUCCAAGGAUUUUGCUGCUCUACCUCUGCCAAGCUACAUGCUUAACCUCUAUCAAAGCUUCCACCAUUCAGAACUGAGCCAUGGCAUGGAGGCUGCUCCAUCACCACCAUCUAACCAUCGAUCUGAUAUUAUCAGAAGCCUGGCUGCAAAAAGUUUUGACCAUGGAGGAAGUUUGUGGACCCUUGUAUUUGACUUCUCAUCCCUCAGUCAAGAUGAAGAACAUCAAUUUGCUGAAGUCAGGUUUGACUUUAGAGUAUUUGAUGGCGCAAUUGUGGCCGGAAUGGAGGUGAUGGUAGACUUUUUUCAUCAAUCAUCAACGUGCCAAAAAAAUAGCCAAAGCUAUCUGUAUGUUGGCUCAAUUACAGGAACCCUUCGGUCAAGGUCUUCUGAAACUUGGGUGAUGCUUGAGGCCACUGACAUAAUACAUAAAUGGUUUGAAAAGGAUGAAAAAGGGAAAAAUAAUUCUGAAGCUCAUGUGAAGCAACUUGAAAAAUUGGCCAGAGCUAAGAGUGCAGAACGUAGAUACCAGCAACAGAAUACUGAAGAUCGGCAGAUAUUGAUGAUGGUGUACUCCAACAUUUCAAAGAAAGAGAGGCUUUCGGGGACAGCCACACUAUUACAAGAUGCCGCACACUCCAAAUAUCUUACAGUAAUGCCAGGUAUUCAAACAAUCAGCAACUCUAGAAGGCACAGAAGAAGUCACAUCUUUAAGGAACACAUGGGUAUGAAGCAUGUUCCAACUGCAGGCAGCUCAAGGACUCUGUGCAGGAGAGUUGACUUCUUUGUGGAUUUCAAGCAGAUCGGGUGGGACUCUUGGAUCAUUCACCCACAGAAGUACAAUGCCUAUCGGUGUGAAGGUGAAUGUCCAAGUCCAGUUAAUGAAAGUGUGAAACCAAAUAACCAUGCAUACAUGCAGAGUUUGCUGAACUACUACGCUAAAGGAAAGGCCCCGGAAGUGUGCUGCGUUCCCAUCAGGAUGAGUUCUCUCAGUAUGGUUUACUACGAUCAUGAUGAUAUUGCAUUUCAGAAUCACGAAGGCAUGAUUGUGGAAGAGUGUGGCUGCCAGUAAAGAUACUAAAGACAUUUUCGGUUGUAUCCAUGUUAAAUUUCUAAAGGUGGAAACCUAACAUUGAACAAAACAGAAUGAGGAACUCAUCCAUCCAAGUAUUAUUCUGGAUGCCAGUAGAUAAGCACUGCUAAAGUUCACAGUACCGUUGGACCAAUAUUACAACAGCAUGGCAACUCCAUGUGAGAUGAUGCAGAGUGGACCAAUAUACAGUCAGCAACACACAAAAUGCCCUGAGUACAGGCAUUAUAGGGGUUAUUGUGGUAAUCCAGCAUAUUAUGGGACACUUCAUAAAUAAUAGGCAGAUACAAAAUCCCACUUUUCCCCCUACAAAUGUACUCUGUUAUCCAGACUGCCCAGAAAGAAAUAUUGUGCACUAAU